UCGGCGGAUACCACGGAGUCUGGCAAGAUGGCUUCUCCCAAGCGCAUGGCGCAAGGUGCACAGAUGACGGCGCAGACCCGGAAGGAUAUGGUCACAGAACAUGAGCCGAGAGUUAUAAGUCAGAUGCUGGAGUUUGCCUUCCGAUAUGUAACCACAAUUCUAGAUGGUGCUAAAAUUGAUUCAAGCCAUGCCAAAAAAGUCACUGUCGGCGCCGAUGAUGUGCGACUGGCGAUCCAGUGUCGGGCAGACCAGUCUUUUACCUCUCCUCCCCCAAGAGAUUUUUUGUUAGAUAUUGCAAGGCAGAGAAACCAAACCCCUCUGCCGUUGAUCAAGCCCUAUUCAGGCCCUAGAUUACCGCCUGAUCGAUACUGCUUGACAGCUCCAAACUACAGACUCAAGUCUUUACAAAAAAAGGCAUCUACUUCUGUGGGAAGAAUAACAGUUCCGCGGUUGAGUGUUGGUUCAGUCACUAGCAGACCAAGUACCCCCACGCUAGGCACCCCAACCCCACAGGCCAUGUCUGCCUCGGCCAAAGUAGGGGCGCCAGUGUCCCUCGCUUUGCAGAGGUUUACAGUGCAGAGGCCGCCCUCGCAGGCCCCUGCUGUCAAGGCCUCCAUUCCUGCCACUUCAACAGUUCCCAAUGUUCUGAUUGAUCCAUCACUAAUUGGGUCCAAAAACAUUCUUAUUACCAUUAAUAUGGUAUCAUCGCAAAAUACUGCCAGUGAGUCAUCAAGUGUGUUGAAAAGGAAGCGCGAAGAAGAUGGUGAUGACGGUGAUGACGAUGAGUAUAAUCUGUAGUUGGGCUUGAGCCGAGCAGCGCAUGCAGCCGGCCCGCAUCCGGGUACUGAGAGUCCGCAUGCUGGAUGUUUGCAAGUUCUGUUCUCUAGCAAAUGUGAGUAGUUUUAAUGAGUAAAUUUAGACACCAUUCUUUUUAAGUGAAAUGUUGCGUUUUCUUGAAUAGAAAACAUGGUUUUUCAUCAACCUUUAUGUGUAAAAA